AUGAUCUCGAAAAUGAAGCCGCGCGAGCACUGGGGCCGGGACGAUUCGCAUACGAUGCACAAGGACGACUCGUCGAUGGUGCGCCUCACGCUCCAGCUCAUGCAGCAGAACCGCCCCCAGGUGAUGGUCAACCUUGCGCUCGCUGUCAUCUUCCUCGUGGACUUUUGGAUGUCGGCCUUCAACAUGUUCCACCGUCUGCUCAUCAAGCUGCACAUCAUCGCUCCGCUGGCGGACAACUGUGUUCCUCCCGCGUUUUCGCCCACGAGCCCGCCACCGUUUGCGCAGUGGCCACUGACGCAUCUCUUGUGCCGCGGCGUGCACGUGUACAACUUCUUGACCGGCUACAACGAGGAGCUGCGUCUCCACCACGACCUGUACUGUCGCAAGCCAAAGAACGAAUGGAUCCGCGAUUGGGCGUAUUGGGAAGGCAUUGGUAGCCAGGGCGAGUGGGGCACACCAUUCGCUGCUGCCGAUAGCGACAGUCGAUGCCCCUGUCCCGGUCUCAACAUCCUCGCGACGCACGGCAUCAUCCACACAUCGGGUCGGAAGGUGGCUGCAUCCAAGAUGGUCGUGGGCCUCUCUCGGGCGUUCAACAUUGCGCCCACGAUGGCGUUGCAGCUCUACUCGCCGCUGUUCCCCGUGUUUAGCGCGCGCGGCCACAUCUUUGACCUCGAGGAUCUCAGCAUCAUGAACGUCAUCGAACACGAUGCGAGCCUUCUCCGUCCGGAUUUCCACCUGGCAGACUGGAAGAAGGAUCCCAAAGCCAUGUGCCGGCCUCAUCAGGACAUGAUUGACCGCUGGUUCCCUGCGCGCCUCAAGCACGGCCAGCUCAAGGACGACAUGACCGACCGCGACUUUGCCGAGGCGCUGUGCAUCCGUCGCAACGAAUCGCGAAGGCACAACCGACAGUACACCUCCAACGUAGUGCAGAGCCUCAUCGGCUCCGGAAGCUGCUGUCUGAUGCUCAACGUAUUUGGCGGCAAGGUGCUCGAUAUGCGCGAGAUGGCCGGAAGCGUCAGCAGGGAUCUGCCGGGCGUGAGGACGACGGAGCAUGGCGAGCAGUAUGGAUACGAACGCAUUCCCGCCCGCACCAUCAAGGGCGACAAGGUUCAAGGUUGCCCCAUGGCAGCUGCUUCGCAUCAGCAGAAAUGGCAGCCGGCCACCGCAAAGAGGUUCUUUGGCAUGACCAUCUUCGAGGCUCUCUGGACCACGUUCAAUAUUGAAAUGCGCGCAAGAGCCUGA